AUGCCUAAUAUUAUUAAUGAAGUUAAAUUAGACUUUAAGGAUGUGUUGCUUAGGCCUAAAAGAAGCACCCUUAAAAGUAGAAAUGACGUUGACUUGUUUCGGGAGAUUACAUUCCGCAACUCCGGACAGACUUACAAAGGUGUACCGGUGAUGGCAAGUAAUAUGGACACCGUAGGUACUUUCGAAAUGGCCAGAGAACUGUCUAAGCAUGGGCUGUUCACGUGUAUUCACAAAUACUACUCCACUGAGGAGUGGCAAAAGUUUGCCACAGAACACCCGGAGUGUUUAGAACAAAUGGCGGCAAGUUCAGGCACAGCAGAAGCCGACUUCGUACGGCUCCAAGAGAUCUUAACUACGGUGAAGGAUCUUAAGUUUAUCUGUUUGGAUGUCGCCAAUGGAUACUCCCAACACUUCGUGGAGUAUGUGCGGAGGGUGCGCGCUGCCUUCCCUACACAUAACAUCAUUGCUGGCAAUGUCGUUACUGGCGAGAUGGUAGAAGAGCUAAUUUUGUCUGGUGCUGAUAUCAUUAAGGUGGGAAUAGGACCAGGUUCAGUGUGUACCACAAGGAUCAAGACUGGUGUAGGUUAUCCUCAACUAUCUGCUGUCAUUGAAUGCGCAGACGCAGCUCACGGACUCAAAGGACAUAUCAUAUCGGAUGGUGGCUGUUCGUGUCCUGGUGACGUAGCGAAAGCAUUCGGCGCUGGCGCAGACUUCGUGAUGGCCGGUGGCAUGUUCGCUGGACACGAUCAGUGUGGUGGUGAUGUGUUCAUCCAUCCUGACGGACGGAAAGUCAAACUAUUUUAUGGCAUGUCGUCCUCAACUGCGAUGUUGAAACAUUUGGGAGGCGUAGCCGAAUAUAGAUCUUCUGAAGGCAAAACAGUCGAAGUAGAAUACCGCGGUGAUGUAGGAGCUACCGUUAAGGAUAUCCUAGGCGGUUUACGUUCAGCCUGUACGUACGUGGGUGCCGCACGACUCCGGGAACUGCCAAGACGAGCCACGUUCAUCAGGUGCUGCAGACAGGUCAACGACACCUUCUCUUAA